AUGGAAAUUACCAGAGGUAGUUUAGAUGACAUUUCCCGACCUGCGUCGAGUGAGCAAAUCGGUAGCCGUGUGUCGAGCGUGUCAUUGCCUCAUAGUGACAGGAUUUGUAAUACUACUCCAUUUGCCCUUGUUGUUUUGACCAACGAUGCUGCUGAUAAUCAGAUUCAGAGCAACUCUGAAGAAGCUAUAAUCAACUCGGCAGCUAGAGAUCUUAACAAAGGUCAGUGCCACACUGAUGUGACUGAUGAGGAGAAGGAAGAUUUCAAACUACAGAGAGCCAUUGAGGAAAUGCGACGACUUGAUGAGAUACUGUCUGAAAAGAUCUGCAAUGAAAGGGAAAUCAAGCGUCAAAGGAAAGAACUUCAAGCAAAACUCUGGCAAGAGCUUCUGCAGAACAGGCCUGAAAGUCACUCUGAAUGUGCCCAGGAAGCUUUGAACACAAGGUUGUUUUUGGCUCUGGAAGCACCCCCUGUGACAGAAGAGAAGGACAGCUUUGUACCUGUGUUUGAAACUCAGGUUCCAGACUGUGAGCACGAUGGAGACCAACCCUUGGAGCAAAGUGAAAAGAAGCCAGACAGCUCGACAGAAUCAUUUGAAGUAGGCCACGAGGAGAGUGGGGAAGAGCAAUUUGAAGGCAGUCACUGUGGAGCUUCUAAAGGCAAAAAAAACCAGAAGGACUUUGUCAAGAGAAACAUUGAGCUAGUAAGUGGUGAGGGGGGCGGAGUGCUUUUGACCCAAGCAGAGAAAGAGCGGCUUGCCGAGCUCCUCCAAGAAGUAGACAAAGAGGAAGAGGACAGUGCCAGAGGCGUCGACAGCGAGGAGGACAUGUGGGCUGUGUCAGUCCUGACAGGCCAGGGUUACACCCCAGAGCCCUCUGACCUGGAGCGGCUGAUCGACAUCGACUCCAAAAUUCGCCUCCUCCUUCCUGUCGAGGAGUGUCUCUCAGUGCAAAGCUCAUACACAAACCUCAGCUUGUCACAGGGCCGUGGCUCAGAGGUUGGCUGGAAGUGCGAUGGGGACCCGCAGCCAGGAGAGAGGGUCCUUCAGGAUGUCAAGGAGAGGAGAGGGCAGGAGAGGCGGCUCCGAGAGAUCGAACAGCAGCUGGAGAUCCUGGGCCGAGGCCAAGAGAUGACUAAUGAGUCACCAGACCUCACUGAGGAGCAGUUGCUUGGUCUACUGGAUGACUGUGAGCUGACAGCGAGCUGCACUCAGGAUCUUGAGACGCUCGACACAACACCAUGA